GCUUGAUGAGGGAAUUGCUUGGCAAAGCAGAAAAAGGAGGCAGAUCAUUGAUAAAGUGGUUGCAAGAAAAAAAAAACUUCUUACAGCAAAAAUGAAGUGCCCUGUGUGCAGACAUAACAUGAAAAUGAAAAGGACCAACUCUACAAAGGAUGGAUACAGAUGGAGAUGCAGAAGACACUGCCAUAGGGACACCAGCAGGUCCAUCAGGAGUGGUUCAGUUUUUGAGGGUUCACACUUAGAACUUUCAGUUUGGCUCAAGCUUAUACACAAUCUUGCUCAAGGACUCCGGAGGAGGCAUGUGGAUUUGAUUGAGGAUGGUGUUUGUGGGAGUAGCACUUCAAUAACCAGGGUGUAUGAUCGUCUUCGUGACCUCUGCACUACAGCAGUACAACGUCUCCAAAGAAAGAAGAAAAUGAGGAUUGGUGGAAGACAUGCUUUUGUGGUCCUUGAUGAGAGCAAAUUUCGCCACAAAAGAAAGUACAAUCGUGGAAGACUUGGCAGAACGUGGAGAAGAAAGAGGUCUUGGGUAUUUGGAAUGCUGGAGGUGAGAGGGGAACGUCGAAGGCCAGUACUGAAAUUGGUAAAACGACGUUCAAGAAGGCACCUGGAACGUAUUGUGGAGAAAUAUGUGAAGCCUGGAAGUCAAGUAAUCAGUGACUGUUGGAGGGCAUAUCACAACCUGCAGCAAAGAGGUUACAUACACUUCCAGGUAAACCACCAGCGCUUUUUUGUCCAUCCACAGACCGGGGCGCACACGCAGCACAUUGAGCGUGCAUGGCGCACCUACAAAGAAACUGUAUACAGAUACAGGGGUAACCUGUCAGAGAUGUCACUGAGACAAACUCUACGUUUUAUUGAGUGGGACUACUGGCUUGGAAGACAGCAUAGACAUGGACAAAUUGGUCGCAUACUUCAUGACAUUAAAAAAGUGUACAAGGUGUAAGGCAAACAUUGAAUAUCUUUGUAAAACAUAUUACUGUAACGGACUGCUGUGUCAUGUUUAUAUCUUUAACAAUGUAUGUGCUGUUGUGUAAAUAUUUUUUA